GAUCCGCCAGCAAGUAUCUAAGACAUUAAUUUAUUUUAGUCAAAUCAUGAUUUAAAUCAUAAUUAUGGCUGAAUUUUUUAAGUCUGCAUUAGGCAAUUUAAUAGGCGGCCAAGGCCGAACCGACAUCGAUUUUGUUGGGCAAAGUGUAGAACUUGGAGAUCAAAAAUUACGUGUGAGAAAAGUGAUAGCUGAAGGUGGAUUUGGCUUUGUGUUUGUAGCUCAAGAUAUCAACUCUGGAAAAAAUUAUGCCUUGAAGAGGUUGCUGGCAAACGAUGAAGAGAAAAUGAAAUGUGUAAUGCAGGAAAUUCGGUUCCUUAAGAAACUGAGUGGCCACCCCAACAUUGUCCAGUUUAUCACAGCAGCGGCUAUAAGCAAGGAGGAUUCAGAUCACGGGCAGCAUGAGUACCUUAUUCUCACAGAACUCUGUUCAGGACCAGAUCUGGUUCAUAUUUUGAAUCAGCGAGAUUCUCCUUUGCCAUGCGACCAGGUUCUGAAAGUGUUCUACCAGACGUGCAAGGCUGUGCAGCACAUGCACAAACAGAAGCCUCCCAUCAUUCACAGAGACCUCAAGAUUGAGAAUCUUCUCACCAGUUCUAAUGGCGUUGUCAAACUGUGUGACUUCGGCAGCUCCACAAUAGAGGGCUACUAUCCCGACAACUCGUGGUCAGCCAUCAAGAGGAGUCUAGUGGAAGAUGAGAUCACAAAGAACACAACCCCAAUGUACAGAGCACCAGAAAUGUUGGAUCUUUACCAGAACUUUCCAAUCAACGAAGCAGCAGACAUAUGGGCUCUCGGGUGUGUUCUCUUCAAGCUGUGUUUUUCCGAACAUCCCUUUGAAGACUCUGCCAAAUUGCGAAUCCUAAACGCCAACUUUGCCAUUCCUGAAUCCGACACAGAACAUACAGUAUUACAUGACCUUAUUAGGAGUAUGCUAAAGAUAGAUCCUAGUGACAGGCCAAAUGUCAAUGACAUUAUUGAUCGAAUCCACGAAGUGGCAGCAGCCAGGAAUACCAACCUGCGAGAUCCAAUACAAUUAGAGGGCAUUCAGAGAGCCCCAUCUCCUCCAGUACCACAAGAACGACCUCCACUUGCUAACAGUUACUCACGUCCUCUGCCCGCCGAACCCUCUAGUGAACAACAGUCAACUGCUGGAUCCAUUUUCAGUUCUCUCCGGGGAAGUGCUGGCACUUUUGUCAAAAAUAUCAAAGAUGCUUCCAACAAAGUCAUGGAAACCAUGUCAGCGAUCAACAAGUCUGAUUUGGAUUUCUCCUACAUCACAUCUAGAACUGCAAUUAUGAGCUUUCCAGCUGAGGGUGUAGAAUCUGCUGUUAAAAACCACAUUGACGACGUGAGGGCAUUCCUUGAAUCUCGGCACCAUAAUUGCUAUGCAGUGUACAAUUUAACACAGAGAACAUACAGUCCUGCUAAAUUUGAAAACAGGGUCUCAGACUGUGGCUGGCCACCAAAAAAGGCACCAACCCUGUGUAAUCUGUUUGCAAUCUGUAAAAACAUGCAUCUCUGGUUGACUGUGAAUCAAAAAAAUAUUUGUGUCGUACACUGUUUGGAUGGCAAAGCCCAUUCUGCUACAGUUGUCGGGGCAUUUUUAGUUUUCUGUCGAUUGUUUGAGAAUGCCGGAUCUGCGAUUCACAUGAUAACAGCUCGACAUGUUCAACCAGGUGUCACUCCAGCACAGAAAAGGUACAUGAACUACAUCAGUCAGAUGGUUACAGAUAGUCCUGUGAUUCCACACUCCCGCCCGCUGAUGAUACAAACUCUCGUCAUGUAUCCUGUUCCUAUGUUUAACAAAAUGAAAAAUGGAUGUACACCAUUUGUUGAGCUGUAUGUUGAAGAAGACAGAAUUUUGAGCACGUCACAGGAAUAUGAAAAGAUGAAACAGUUUACAAUCAACGAUAACAGUGUGAAAAUUCCACUGAACACGCUUGUGUCAGGAGAUGUGACAGUUAUAGUGUAUCAUGCCCGGUCAACAUUUGGAGGAAAGAUACAAGGAAAAAUAACAUCCAUGAAGAUGUUCCAACUGCAGUUCCACACAGGUUUUAUCACUCCUGAAACCAGAACAGUCAAGUUUACACAGUAUGAUCUUGAUCAGCUGGACACAUUAGACAAAUACCCCGACUUGUUCACUGUCUCAUUGGAGGUAGCUCUCGGGAAGGAGAGACCGCAGACUGACAAACACUACCCAUGGCUCAAGUACAACACAGAGAAGCUAGCGCCGAAACUGCUCUUCUCUAGCAAAGAAGAAAUUCAUGAGGUUUACUCAGAAUUUGGUGUUUCAGACAGGGUUAAGAUGCGUCUUAGCCACACGUGCAGUGUAAAUUCCGACCACUCAUCAGACAGCCCACAGCAUCAGCCGUCUGUACAGGAGACGAAGCCAGAACCGAAACAAGACAAACACCAGAACGGUGUGAAACAGCCAACAGAAUCGAAGUUUGGAACCAGUACUUUCUUCGACACCCUAGAAUGGCAGCAGGAAAGCACAGUCGCUAAUGGUGAAACAGCUAGUGAAGAGAAACCCACUGAAGACCAACAGGGUCUACUUGGAGCCAGCACCGACGAAGACGACUUUGCUUCUCUCACAAGCGAGAGAGCUCAGACUCAGGCUAGUAAUGGAGAAGACGAAACCAACAGGCAGGCAGAUCCUGCCAUCUUUGCAGACUUUGAUGCACAGGCGAAACAACCUGUUGAUUUGCUGAAUUCCAACUUUGAGGUGACACCACAGCCAGCUGUUGAUUUGCUUAACAUGAACACCACCCCAGCUCCUAGUCAGAACGUUACUAAACAUAUGGACUUGCUUGACAUAGGCGACACUUCGACCAACUUUGACUUGCUGAGCAAUGACGUUACUGUACCGGAAAUAAACACUACGAAUAGCGACUUUGUCUUUGACCCUUUCCAAGAAAUAGGAUCUCAGCCGCCUCCUGUACCAUCUAGUCAGCCUGCUGCAUUCGAUCCAUUUAGCGGUGGUUCCACCAAACAGACCAAGGCCACUUCUGGAGACGCAUUUUUGCAGUUUCUGCAGAGCCAGCCGUCGCAGAAAAACGACGAGAGUUUGAUGGGUUCCUGGGAUUCAGAAAACAUUCUAGAGAGCAGUGCUCUGAAAACAAACAUUCCCAACGUGGGAGGGUUGAAUGUUGGGCUCGGUAACAUUCCCAAAAGCAGCAGUGCGUCUUCGCUGUCCAGUACGAGCAACCAGACGUCGGCGCAAGGCUUUCACUCUCCAACCUUGCAGCCCAAGAAAGCUCACAACGAUUCUGGCAUCGGACCUGUUCCCAAGGCAGAUCCUUUUGGAGAUCUUGGUUCACUUGCUGGCAUGAAGAGUAGCAGUAGUUUUAGUGGCCAUUUCAACACUUCACGAUUUUCAACCCCCAAAUCUCAGACAACACAACAACAAUCGUUUGGAGCAGCACAAACUCCCCGAUCGUCGCAAGCAUCGCCAUCUUCACAUGCCUCUCCGCAAAAACAGCAAACACCCCAGCAGUUUCAGAAGCCCAACUACAACAUAGGUCCUAGUGUUAUUGGCGGUCGCGAGGAACGGGGCAACCGUAAAGGUUUUGGACCAGUCCCUAAACUGGAUGAAAAUACAUUUGAAGAUCUCCUCGGUAACCAUACCUUUGCAAAUAAAAAGGAUGAGCCAAAAACCAUUGCCAGCAUGAGGAAGCAACAGUUGAUACAGGAAACAGAUCCAGACAAAUUGAGGGUUAUGGAGUGGAUAGAGGGGAAGGAGAAGAAUAUCCGAGCUCUGCUGUGUUCCCUGCAUACGGUGCUGUGGGAGGAGGAGGACCGGUGGAAGCAGUGCGGGAUGCACGACCUCGUCACCGCAGACCAGGUGAAAAAGGUCUACAAGAAGGCCGUCCUGUCGGUGCACCCCGAUAAGUUGGCUAAUUCUCCUUAUGAACAGUUAGCCAAAAUGAUCUUCAUGGAGUUGAAUGAUGCGUGGGCUGUGUUUGAAGAUGAAGGAAUGAAAUCUCUGUAUUGAUGGACAAGUGAUGUGUAGCUCGUAUUCAGUAUUCCCAAGUAGCAACACUACCCUUAGAACAGCUGGUCUGUGUGUCUAGUUUAGGAGGUAGGCCGAAGGAUGUAGACAGUUAGGUCAGUAAACGUGCAAUAGUCACAGACGUUAACCAAAACCAAAACGAAACAAAAACUUUGAGAUAUGGUGUAGUUAGCGUUUGUGUCAUAGAACAGAUCUUCAUGUGAUUAACAGACCUAUGAUUUGAAGAUGUUGGUGUGAUGUUUCCACAUUCUCCAGGAGCUACUUAUUUCAUUGGAGUUACCCUUGUUAGCUCUUUGCUUGCUGCUCCAGAUAGAAACCUCCCUUAGCACUUUCCACUGGCAACAGUUAUUUUAAAUAUUUUACGUGGGUUUCAUUUGUUUUUAUUAGUAGUAUAACAGUGGGGGGAGACAGGCUUACAUUUGGCUUGAAAUGAGGAGUUUCCACUGGGCAGCAUCUCAUGCCAGGAGUGGCUCAGGAAGACUGCAGGGUACUUAAGCAUCCUGGAAAUCCUGGAAUAUCCUUGAAUUUUGUGAUUUUAAAAUCCAGGCCUGGAAUGUCCUGGAAAAAGCAUUAAAUUUCAUUGUGUCCAUGAAAUGUCCUAGAAAUUUAGGCCAAAUAUUUGGUUGUUUAUUUUUUUUCGCAUCUUUACUUUUGUUGUCAUCAUAACUUGUCUAAAUUCAGACAAUUUGUUAUAAAAACAUUCAUUCAUUGAACAUAUCAUGUCCUGGAAAAUGUUUAAAGUGUCCUAGAAAAGUCCUGGAAAUAUCCUUGGAUUUUGUGUUUUUUCAAGUGUAAGAACUCUGGACUGGGGCAUUGUGUCUGGCCUGCAGCAAGCAGAGAGUUCAAAAUGAGACCUGCCAAGUAUCAUAUUUUACUGGAGAGUCGUGCAUUUGGAACCUUUCUCCCACACUCAAGUGAGCUCAGUUGUGCAUUCUUACGCAAACAUGAAAAAUCAGACUCCCGAAAAAAAUCAGAACAUCUGUUAUUAUUUUUUGAAAAUAGCCCCAUCUACAGCAAAAUCUUACUAGAUCUUCAGCAUCUAGGUGGAAAACCCCUUGGCAGGUCUAAAAAUAUGUAUGACAGUGUUAUUGUUUAAGUUGAAUUGCUGUAUGUAAUCAUUCCAAUUUUAAUGAAUGUAUAUCAUGGGUUCAGAUUUGCUAAUUCUAUUUAUUUGUUGUUGACUAUGAUAUUGUUACGGAUGGGUUUAAAAUAACUCAGUACCAGCUAACCCUACUCACCUAUUUAUUUGUUGGUAUUCAAAGUAUUUAGCUUUUUAAAAAAGUAUCUAGUAUGUGUUCCUGUUCUUUUCAAGCCUUUUAUCUCUCAAAUCUGCUUAUCAUUACAACAGCUUCAGUUUAUUUUAUUUUAUUUUAUUUAUUUACCUUCUUUUUUUUGGUGUAAUUAUAAGACUCCAUCAUAUGUGGUCAUGUGGGAUAGAAAAAGUACACCCGAGGUGGUAGAAAUUUAACCCUAGUCCCAUGGUGGGAAUUUUCACCACCAAGGGUGUAUUUUUUCUUUCCCACAUUGCCGCAUUUGAUGGAGUCUUUUUUUUCUCUCAUUCAUUUGGUAAAUAAACAAUUAUUUUACACAAAUAGACAAAGGUGCCUAAACAAGUAACUUUUUUAUUUAACCAUUUUAUCAUAAAUAAACUAUACUAUCAUAUUUGCUGUGUUUGUUUCAUGUGUUAAAUAAAAUUUAACACUACAAAUUAACAAGAUGGCUUUUAUAAUGAAGGUUUUAAUAACAAAAUAUUAAUUUAAACAGUUUUAAUGAUCUCACAUCACCAUCUCACAUUCAUAUGACAUAUAUUACCAAUGAUGUCAUGUUAAACACAAGCAUGUGAUAUCCCAUGUGGGAUAGAAAUUUCUUACAUAGCUUUCUUUUAUGGGAUAGCUCUGUCCCGUAUAUCUGAGGAUAAGAGAAAUAACCUUAUUAUCUCCAGAUCAUUUGGCAAUGCUAUGGUCAGGAUCAGUCUAUUCACCUUUUUCUCUGCAAAUUUGACUUUUUUUUCUUUUUUUAUUAAAGACAUUUUUUAAACAGUAAAAUCAAAAUUUAAAAAAUUCUAUGUACUCGUUUCAUGAAUGGACCAAAAUUUAUGUCAAAAACAAAAAUACAGAAAAUAUUUCUGACACAAAAAAAAGAAGAAAUUGUUGAGUUUAAAAUAAUGUUUUAAACAAUACACUGAAAAAUAAAAUCAUUAAUGCUAGUUUUUAAGACAUUUGUAGUUUAUAUAUUCACAAGAUUAAAUUGUCUUCCUUUUGUAUUUAGAAUGUUCCUUUCUUUAGUGAGGAUACAAUAGCAUAUUCAUCUGUAUUGUUAUUAAAUUUAUUUAUCAAGAUUGUUUCAAUUAUAAAACAGGUAAACAAAAUUUAUUUCAAAACAUAAGGUUUUAUUGUUACUUAUAAUCACAUCAUAACCUUUCAUUUAUUUUGCAUAAAUUUUAAACAUAUUAAACAAAAUAGGUUUUUUCAUUUUAUUUUCAUUUGUUAUGAUAGACAACUAUUUGUAAUCUUCUAGGUAGUGUUCAUUGGUACUUCUUGUUUUGUUGGAUAAUUACUGUUGUUUUGUUAAAUCUUUUGUUAAAUUUUUCAACGAAAUAAACAGGUAUUUAGGUAUGAUAAAGAAAAUCUACAAUAACACAAUUUAUUCCUAAGAUUUUAUGUUUGAAAUGUUUUAGACUGAGACAUCCACUGCCACUACAAUGCACAGACUUCAUUUUCUAGUAACCUUAUGUCAUGUCAUGUUAUCAGAAUAAUGUUUCCAAGAUGUCGGGUAACUAUAGUCCGUCCCAACCUCCUACAAAAAUGUUUUUUUGUAAAUAAUUUCAGUUUGGUUUGACAUAAGAAGAAAAUUAAAAGUGUUUUGGAAAUAACACACACACACACACCCCGACAGACAAUUUUUGUUUACAAUUUAAAAAACAAUCGACUGAAAUAAAUAACUUUGUAGUAAAUUCCAUAGGAUGAGUACUAGGACUAUAGAAAUGGAGAAAUUAUGAAUUCCAUAAACAUUGAACAUUUCUGUUAAUUUUUGGACAGUUUAUAAUUCUAACAAUACACCAUUUUUCAUUGAGACUGAUGUAGUUUUCAUGAUACUGGAUGACAGACGUUCCGAUGGGUUAAACUUUGUUUUGUUUAACGACAUCACUAGAGCGCAUUGAAUUUUUAAUCAUUGGCUAUUAGAUGUCAAUAAUUUUGACAGAUAGUUUUAGAGGAAAGGGAUCUUUUUAUAUGCACCAUCCCACAGACAGCAUAGUACAUAUACCAGUUAUGGAAUGAGAAAUGGCCCAAUGAGCUCACAAAUGCGGAUUGAUCCCAGACCAUCACAUCUGGUGAGCACUUUUACUCUAGGACUACGUCCUGCCACCUGUGUACUUUGGGUUAAAACUUGGUUCCUUGUUUAGAAUAUUGAUUUGUGUUCGUUCAUCUAACAUGUUCAUGGUUGCCGUAAUAGUUAGUAGCUUACAGAAUCUAAAAACAGUGUUUUGAUAUGACUAAUUGGCAUGCACACAGAGUUUGGAUGAAAUCAAUUUUUCACAAAAUUUUUUUUUAAAAAAUAAAAAAUUAACUGUUGAAUUGUCACCCUUGUUUUGCCAUUCAGAACUCUUCAGCUGAUCAUAAACACAAAUAUUUACUAGUUUCCUGAUAACAUUUCAAAAGUUGGAAAUGUGGACGAAUUAGUAGGUGAUUGUGCAUUCAAAACUAAAUUUGACAUGACCAUAUGUCAUGAAAGUAAUGUUUUCAAGCAAGACAUUAAGGGCCGAAUUUGCGAAGCCUGUUUUUCUUAAGUGCAGGUGUUUAAGCAUUGUAAAAAUAUUUAGUUACACACGUGUAAGUCUAAAACAGGCUUUGUAAAUUUGGCCCUACAUUUUUAGUCAGAAAUACCAUAACGUUUUGACUUGAUACCUACAUAUGUAUAUAAAUUGAUGUACUGUUGUGACAUGUUUCAUGAAUAAAAGAAGUUACAAGUGUA